AUGGAAGGUAACGGCGUCCCUGCCGCGGAGGCGUCCUCUCAACCACCGGCCAAGCGAGUCAAACUGUCGUCACCCGCUUCCGACAACACCAAGCCUGUCUUCGGACGCCUCGGAGUCAUCUUGAACACUGAAGACGCUGGAGACAUCACCGUCAAUAUCAGCAACACCAGACGCCUUGGCAAGCCCGUGAUAGACCAUCUCUCAGAAGAAACUUUCGCUUUUCAUGGAUCUCGCCAGCAGGCCCAUGCUAUGCUCGACAGAAUUCUGGACCACAGCGAGAAUACGAUCAUCAUGGGCAUUGUGAGCCUUCAACCAGAUAUCAGCGAGGCGACACCGCAAUCAAAGGCGCCGGCGACUGUCCAGGCUGUGGAUGUGACAGGUGCGGCAUCUGAGAACUCGACAGUACCGAAGCGGAAGACACCUAUGAAGCAGAGACCGGCUACGUCUAUUGCCAUGGAGAAAACAGCACCUGCCGGUGAGAGGCCGUUGGCACCUACGGCCACACAUCAGUCUCGGCAGACAUCCAAUGUCGCCGACAACCCCAAGCCAUUCGCGCCGCAGAAUUCAUCGCUUGUUCUUUCUCAGGGUCAUCUGGAGACUGCGUACAGAGUCUGGACGACAUGCGGACGGCGGACCACAAAGUUACAGACCCUGCUAAAGAAAUUCCCUGAAAAUGACCGCCCAAAUCCCUCGGUGGAGUGCAUGGUACUUCAGAAGUUAGCUGGAAAGGCGCCAGACAUGAUGGUUGGCGAACUUGAAGGCAUUGUACAUUCUUAUAUGCUUACAGUCUUCAAGCACAACUUGCGGAGGAGAGUUCCCCGGUUAGGAAAAGACUGGAUGCAUUUCCGGAUCCUGAGGCGACUGUGGUUUUACCCUGAUGUAGGUGAAGACGUCGACUUCCCGUGGGCUGAGAUGGCUCCCAAUUCUUCCGCCGGCUGCCCUAGCUCAGCUUACGCGACAUUCAAAGAGCACAAUGGAGUUGGGAUCGAGUCGAAGUUCUCAAUCUUCGACUAA